CGGAGGGCGGAGGGCUACAAAAGGCCACCCACAGCCUCCCUAUUGUUCACUGGCAUCAUUGUUGGUCUGACCUCCCAGCUGCUCAGCCAUGGCCCCCAAGAAAGCCAAGAAGAGGGCAGCAGAGGGAGCCAACUCCAAUGUGUUCUCCAUGUUUGAGCAGGCCCAGAUCCAGGAAUUCAAAGAGGCCUUCACCAUCAUGGACCAGAACAGAGACGGCUUCAUCGACAAGAACGAUCUGAGGGACACUUUUGCUGCUUUAGGACGUCUGAAUGUGAAACAAGAAGAGAUCGACGACAUGCUCAAAGAAGCUCCUGGCCCAAUCAACUUCACCGUCUUCCUCACCAUGUUCGGUGAGAAGCUGAAAGGUGCCGAUCCGGAAGAGACCAUCCUCAAUGCUUUUAAAGUCUUUGACCCUGAGGGUAAAGGGGUCCUGAGGAAGGACUACGUGACACAGAUGCUAACGACACAAGCCGACAGAUUCUCAGCUGAAGAGAUGGAGCAGAUGUUUGCUGCCUUCCCCCCGGAUGUGGCUGGAAACCUGGACUACAAAAACCUGGUUCACAUCAUUACUCAUGGAGAGGAGAAGGACCAGGAGUGAACCUUCAUUUAAAUGCAUUCGAGAAGUAGAAAGUCAGUUUGUGUACCCAGCUAUGACUUGAAACUGACUCACUGCACAUAAAGGAAAUGUGGACUAUUUACUCAGCUUUUAUGACACCAUUGCUUCUGUAUUGUCCUCACUCGAGAGCAGGGGGAGGAUCCUGACAAAUAGUCUUUUUCCAGCCUGUAAAAAUGGGAAGUUUACAGCAUCAAACAUCAUCAAGUGUCGUGCUCUUUUUCUGCUUUAUCCACAGCAUAUCCCCCACAUUCACCUGAGACUGAUUAAAUUAUUUUUCCUUAUCAUUUUCUAUACUAAUAACCACAUGCCUGUUUUUACCAUAGCCACUUGUUAGGUCUUUGCUUGACAGUCUAAUAAAGAUUUUUAAAGCUACGAGAGCUAU